AUGGGCAGGGACAUCUUUCACCGCAUCGACGUGGAUAAAAACCGCAUCGACGUGGAUACAAGCACAGGCAUAAUCGGUAAAACUACAGCACCACAGAAACAGGGACAGCGGGACGGGACAGCCAUGGACAGACCAAGUGAUCGGAGACAGGACCGCUGCCUGCCCGCGGCCGACGAGCCCACCUCCCCGAAGAAGGCAAAGAGCAUCCCCGACCGCCGUGAUGUGGAGAGCUGGUUCUCGCCCCCUUCCCCCGAGUGGGCUACCGUGAGGGUCAUCCCCGAGGAGGAGAUGACCGAGCACAACCUUCUCGCCAUCCGAGUCAUGGUCACCAGUGAUGCCAGCAGCUCUGAGCUGGAGUCCGAUUUUAAUGGCGACUCGUCAAACUCAGAGGUGAGUGAAGGACAGAACUCGCUGCUGGAGCCCCCUGCUUGCCCAGGCCCCAUCCGGAGGUGGACAUCACUCGCCAGGAGCCCUGUGGUCCCAGAGGAAAGCCCCAAAACAUCCAAAGUUGCUGAUGGUUUCCCCCUACUGUCCAGCAAGAAACCUGGGCUACACUGGAAGGACAGCUCAGCCAGCUGUCAAAGCAGUCCUGGAGAGGAUCAUUCCCAAACACAGAGCAGCACAAGAGGUUCUCCACAGACUCCCCCUGGGAACGGGACACUGGCUGCUGAUUCUUCUGAGCCUGAAGAUACAGAAGGUGACAUUGGGGCAUACACAGGCCAGGGCUGGAAGGAAAAAAAACAGAAAUAUACUUCUGAAUCAGAAGAUUUUAACAGGAAGACAAAAGUGCUGCCAUCUUUGAAUUUGAAAGAGAAAGAUGACAAAAAUACAAGGCACUCAGAGGAAAAGUUUGAGCAACAAUUAAAGGAGGCAAAAAAGAGGCUGGUGCUUUGUACUCAACAGCGACUUUUGUCGCAUGAUUCAAACAGAGUGGACUCAGCUGGAACCUGCCAGGGAUAUCGAAACGAAGGAGCUCAGGGGACUUCAGAGGAGAAGGAUGCUGACUGGAGAAAAGAUGUGUUCAAACUAUCUGCUUGUCCUGUGCCUCUCUUGUUUGCAGAUGAUGCUCCGCCAGCUUUGCCAGUUGUCCCAAAAGACGCUCUGAGGAGUCCAGAUGCAGUUGCCAGAGAGCACGCAACUGGUCGGCCAAAAUCACCACUGAGGGUCAUAGCCAAUGCGAUCAAGAGGUCCAAUUUGGAGCCUCAAACAUCAUCUCCAGAAGGACUAAAGCAGGUCUCAGACGGCAAAGUCAAAGCCUCUUCAGAACAAGCUUUCUUCAUCUUCCCCAGUACUGCUGCCUAUUCCCUAAGCCAAAGGAACAGUAACAAUAAUAGAGCAAGUAACACUCGGCCACAGGAGCUUAAAGUAAGGGAGUGGGUAGGAGAGUAUUUAGGAAAUGGGAGUCCUCUCUCAAAUCCAUCUCAUUUUUCUGUCGGCUCUGAAAAGAGCUCUCUAAGAGAUUACAACAAGCAGGUAUCCUUCUUCCCAGUCUACAGUCCUCAUACCAGGCCUUCCAAGACUACCACUUUACCUCAGAAACCAUCUUGCUCUAGGAUGGAGGAUGUCCCAGGACUCCUAGAAAAGUUUACCUUUAAAGAGACUCCUUCAGGGGCUCCCAUGGAUGACAUAUUUAUCUGUAAUGAAAAGCACCUCCUCCUUUCAUCUCCAGAGCCCAAGAACACCUCCAAGGACAAUCUGGAUGACUCUGCACAGAAGGGUAGUCUUGGGUCUCUCUUUGAUAGACUGAGAAGUAAAGUUCGUGACAGAGAAAGGAAUUCCUUCUUGUCGUCUCUGCCUUUCAUGAAGGACCGUUCUCCAGAAGACAGGCUACGUUAUCCUUCCACAGAAUGUGAACACCUACCUGUCAGAAAACAAGCUACCGAGUAUUCUACUUCUUCCUCCGACGAUGACUUUGAAUCCAAGCCUUUCUCAACACACAAGGCAAAAAGGACUCUCAGAAGAAGAAGGAAGCUGGAGAAGGAGACAAAGCAAUUGAUGAAACAAGAGGAGCUGAAGAGGCUUCACAAAGCACAGGCAGUCCAGCGCCAACUAGAAGAAGUGGAGGAAAGACAAAGAGCUCUGGAGAUUUUUGGUGUCAAACUGGAGAGAGAACUAAGAGGAGAAUCGGAUUCAGGCACACAGGAUGAAACUCAGAUGCUACACGAAUGGUUUGAGCUGGUCCUGGAGAAGAAUAAAUUAAUGCGUUAUGAGUCUGAGCUUCUGAUCAUAGCCCAAGAGCUAGAAUUGGAGGACCACCAAAGCAGGUUGGAACAAAAGCUGAGAGAGAAAAUGGCCAUUGAUGACAGCCUUAAAGAUGAGAUGGAUCUGAAUGAGGAGGAUGAAAUUUUUACUGAGAUGAUGAAAGUGGUUGAAGAAAGGGACAAACUCGUGUCUACCUUAGAGGAGCAGAGAGUCAAAGAAAAAGCAGAAGACCAGCACUUUGAAAGUAUUAUAUUAUCUAGAGGCUAUCAGAUGAGCAGGAUUUAA